AGAAAGAGUGAGAAGAAGAAGGAGUGGAGAGAAAGAAAAAAAACAAAAAUCUAUCUCGCCAUGAACGCGAGAGCUCUGCUUUGCUCUCCGAAUCUCCACUCUCUCUACACUUCAAAUCGUCCGCCAGAAACCUCUUCUCGCAACCGCCGGAUUCUAAAAUCGGAUCCGAAGUCGUUACGGGUAUGGAUCUACCCGCGGAAUCGGUCCGCCGUGUUCCGGGUUUUGGUUCGGAGCUCCGACAAAGGAGAGAUUGGGAAUUCGAAUGCGGAGGUAUACGUUGAUAAAGAGAUAGUGACUAGAAACGGCGUAGCUUCCGAUUCGCUUAGCUCGCUCCCAUGGUGGAAGGAGUUUCCGAAGCGUUGGGUGAUAGUGCUUCUCUGUUUCUCAGCUUUUCUUCUCUGCAAUAUGGACAGAAUGGUGUUUUACAGGUGAAUAUGAGCAUAGCAAUACUUCCGAUGUCGGCUGAGUAUGGUUGGAAUCCGGCAACAGUUGGUUUGAUUCAGUCUUCCUUCUUCUGGGGUUACCUUCUCACUCAGAUAGCUGGUGGGAUAUGGGCAGACACGGUAGGUGGCAAAAUGGUUCUUGGCUUUGGCGUAAUCUGGUGGUCAAUCGCCACAAUUCUUACGCCUAUAGCAGCUAAACUUGGUCUCCCGUUCUUGCUCGUUGUUCGUGCUUUCAUGGGAGUUGGAGAGGGUGUUGCAAUGCCUGCUAUGAACAAUUUACUGUCCAAGUGGGUGCCAGUGCAAGAAAGAAGCAGGUCUCUCGCGCUUGUUUACAGCGGAAUGUACAUUGGAUCCGUCAUUGGUUUAGCCUUUUCGCCUUUCUUGAUUCAUCAAUUUGGAUGGCCUUCUGUGUUUUACUGUUUUGGGUCUCUUGGAACUGUAUGGUUGACUCUGUGGCUGACUAAGGCUGAGAGUUCACCGGUUGAAGAUCUGACGUUGCUCCCUCAAGAAAGAAAGCUAAUUGCAGACAACUGUGCCAGCAAAGAGCCAGUGAAGUCGAUCCCGUGGAGGCUGAUAUUGUCGAAACCGCCGGUUUGGGCUCUCAUUUGUUGCCACUUCUGUCACAACUGGGGAACAUUCAUUCUCUUAACCUGGAUGCCAACUUAUUACCAUCAAGUGCUGAAGUUCAAUCUAAUGGAAUCAGGGCUUCUCUCAGUAUUCCCAUGGUUGACAAUGGCGAUAUCUGCAAAUGCUGGAGGAUGGAUCGCUGAUACACUCGUCAGCCGAGGUUUCUCUGUAACGAAUGUCCGCAAGAUAAUGCAAACAAUUGGGUUUCUUGGACCAGCGUUCUUCCUAACACAGCUGAAACACAUAGAUUCUCCUACAAUGGCCGUUUUGUGCAUGGCUUGUAGCCAGGGGCUUGAUGCGUUCUCGCAGUCUGGUCUAUAUUCUAAUCAUCAAGACAUUGCUCCAAGAUACUCUGUAAGUAUAAUCAAUUACUUCUUUACCAGUCAUGCUACUCAAAAAACAAAUGGAUUAGCACAUUGUUGUUGUUGUGGUCAGGGCGUGUUACUUGGUCUGUCUAACACUGCUGGAGUACUUGCCGGAGUUCUUGGCACAGCCGCGACUGGUCACAUCCUACAACACGGUUCAUGGGACGACGUUUUCACGAUUUCGGUCGGUCUUUACCUAGUCGGGACCGUCGUUUGGAACUUAUUUUCAACAGGAGAGAAGAUUAUUGAUUGAUCCACACCGAGAAUUGAUUUCAUUUAUCAGUCAAUAGUUCAGCUCCAAGACAUCUCCAGGUGCAAGUGACUUCACCUCAUACCAGUCUCGGAUUAUACAAAGUAUCAUUGCAGAGGUUGAGAGCUUGUUGGAAUAUUGCUUUUUGGCUAGGAAAUUCUUCAGGAAAUUUCUGCUCGUUGAUUUAGGGAAAAUGCAUAUGUAGAUGAAAAGUAUACAGAUAAGAUUUUGUACAUACACUAAGCAAAAGAUUCUCAAGGUCACACUUAUACAUAUUUCUA